UUGAUGUGAAUGAUGAGACCGGGGCCGACGGAUUCACGGGGGAAAACUCGACCGCGGCUGGGGAGGAGGAGGAGGAGGAGGAGGAGGAGGAGGAGGAGGAGGAGGAGGAGGAGGAGGAGGAGGAGGAGGAGGAGGAGGAGGAGGAGGAGGAGGAGGAGGAGGAGGAGGAGGAGGAGGGUUGAGAGGAAGGGGAGCCGGGAGUGCACUUGGUGGACGAGGCGACAGCUGCAGGAGAUCGUAGACGAGGCGAAGCUUGAGCAUGUGGCUGUGCAUAUCUUAGAGGUGUAGGCUGUAGAGCAUGGUAGAUGA